AUGGCUCUGCUCAUUAUUUUGUCCAUCACCAUCAGCAUUUCCAACACAGCCCCCGUGGUCAGGUCAGUUGGGAACCAGAUAGAAAAGAGGAAAUGCAACACGGCGACCUGCGUCACGCAACGUCUGGCCGACUUCCUGGUCCGAUCCAACAACCACCACGGUCCCAUCUACUCACCCACCAAUGUUGGGUCUUUCACUUAUGGCAAAAGAGAUGUAGUGGGCCUUUUACGGCGUGAGUCCUUCGAUUAUCUACAUCACUAA